AUGAGGGCUUUUGUCAAACAAUUUAUGUUCACAGAAUCAGUCUCCCUUUAAUCUUAAACCUCAAUUAAAAGAUGUUAUAAGGAGGCUAGCAUAGAAAUGGCCUCUAAUCCAGCCAACCCUUUCCACUAAUGGAUUAUCAAGGUUAGUUUUAACUAUAUUAUUUUUAGCUCGAUGGAAAAAGUAUAAAGACUUAAAAAAGAAACAUUUUGGCUGUACCAUCUCCUCAACUAGCUUCAUAUAUUGCUUCAGAAUUCAACAAUCAGAAUAAAAAUAUGUCACUUCUAAGCAUGCAAUUGUUUUUGCUUGCCAGUCAUGCUGUUGAUUUAGACUUCGAUGCUUCAAGUAGAGAUAUAAUGGAAAUGAACUUUAUUGGUAAUUUAGAAAAUGAUGUCAUUCUCAAAAGACAUUAAAAUUAAGAAAACUCAAUUUAAAAGGAAUCCCAAUCAUUCGAGCCUCUGAUGGCUUAAUUAAAUAGAAAAUUCAACAUAGAAAUAACUUCUAAAAAUAAUAGAAAUUAAGAGUUCUUAAACUAAUUGAGCAAAAUUAAACUUGAAUCAUUCAUCAGAGAAAUGAAUAACUGGGAAUUAGUCAGCUUAAACUCAAAAAUAGGUAAAAUAAAUAUUUCUAUUAAAUUAGAAAAUCUCGAAUCGUGCAUCUUGGGAUUGAAUUUGUAAUUAGGAUCAAUAGACAUUUCAAAGGCAUUAACUUUAAGAAAGUCGCUAAUAGAAUAAAAGAACUCAAUGAAUAAAUCUUUUGAAAAAUCAUAUUAUGAAAGUAAUCUGAAAGUCAACCUUGAAGCUGCUUAGUUGUUUUCAUAGUCAAUAACCACUUAGAGUAUCAUGUAUUGA